AUGGUCUCCAGAGAUUCAAGUGAAGUAGCAGCUUUGAAGCAGCGUGUGGCAGUUCUCAAGCGACUGGUCGCUGAAGGAGACCAUCCAAAGAAACGCUCCUCUGUCACUAUCGAUCAUGCUGACUAUAAGCUGAGAAGGCUUAUUCGUAAGCACUACGAAGCAGAUUUUGCAGACAACCCGGAUCUGCUUCGACUUGAAUAA